CGUCAUAUAAAGAGUCGAUUAAAACCCGUCUGUGACCAUCUGUGACUUAACAAUGAUAUAAUAAUAUAUUUGGAAUGAUUUUUUUGCGUUUCUGGAAUGUUAUUAUUUUACGUUUGCCUCAUUUACUUGUGAAUAUGAAAUAUAAAACGUAGACAAUGGGCUAAUAUCCAUUCAAAAUGUCCGGAAAUAUUGUAAAGGAAGAUUGCGCCGUUGUAUUCCAUGGAACAUGAUGGAACAGGUGCAUGGGAAGAGAGUAUAUCGUACUGCGUUCACGAUUAAGUAGUUUAUUAGUGGUUUUGUCGGAGUCGUCUGGACUAAAUUAUUGGAGUGCAACUUUUAAAACACCUAGUGUAACGACUGUAUAUUUGGCCUACAAAUUAACUAGUUAAGAAUGCCCCUUAAUUUUCUCUAUAAGUAACAUGAAGUAGAGUGACAGGCAGGGAGGGUGUGGACUAGUGGACUGAUUUUGAGCGAACACUAGUGGCAUAGUUGUUACGAGUCAUGAAAUUUGGGACAAUUAGAAAGAUGUACUGAACUUCACUGAAUACGCAGUAGGUUUGCUGUCGUAUUUUAGCAAAUGAAAAGUGAUUUUGAGGUUACUUUUUAAACAAAACAUCGCUGCAAAAAUGGACAGAAAGUCGGCAAGUGAUCUGUUAAAUGUGGAAAACAGUCAUUCAAAACACGCUAGUACAGAUUCCCUCGCUUCUGAUUCUAAGUCAAGUUCCUUGAAUUCAAAACUGGGGCAGGAAUCUGUAAGUUCAAGUAAAGGAUCUCCUUCUAAAAGCUACUGUUCAUCAAGUUCAACUUCAACUGAAAAUGUAGUUUCAACUCUUGAAAGCAAAGUUAAAGGCAAACAGGUAAAUGUAACAGAAAGUGGACCUCCAUCUCGCCCUGAUGACCCACCUCUUCUGCCAGGAGAAAAAGUGCAAGGGAUGGCACGAGAAGUUACAUAUUUGUGUCCAUACAGUGGACCCGCUCGAGGGACAUUAUCAGUGACAAAUUACAAGUUGUACUUCCGUAGUAUGGACCGAGAAACACCUUAUGUUGUGGAUGUACCUCUUGGUGUGGUUAGCCGUAUAGAGAAGGUUGGAGGAGCCUCCAGUCGAGGAGAAAAUUCUUAUGGUAUUGAAGUAUUUUGUAAAGAUAUGAGGAAUCUCAGAUUUGCCCAUAAACAGGAAAACCAUUCUCGUCGCAAUGUUUUUGAAAAACUUCAGCAGUUUGCAUUUCCGUUGUCUCACAAACUCCCAUUGUUUGCAUUUGAGUACACAGAAUCCUUCUCUGAGAAUGGUUGGACUGUUCAUGAACCAAUUGCUGAGUUAAAACGAAUGGGAGUUCCCAACGAUAUGUGGAAAAUUUCUAAAUUGAAUGAGAGUCAUGAAGUGUGUGACAGUUACCCAUCUGUGUGGGCAGUCCCUGCUGCUGCUACAGAUGAAGACCUGCGAGCAGUGGCGCAGUUUCGAUCUCGAGGGCGGGUUCCUGUCCUGUCAUGGAUCCACCAAGAGAGUCAGGCAACCAUCUCUCGAUGCUCCCAACCAUUGGUGGGAGUAAGUGGCAAGCGUAGCACAGCAGAUGAGAGAUAUAUUCAACUUAUUAUGGAUGCAAAUGCUCAGUCACAUAAGCUUUUCAUUAUGGAUGCUAGGCCCAGUGCCAAUGCAAUUGCGAACAAAGCUAAAGGAGGUGGUUAUGAAUCUGAAGAUGCUUAUCAAAAUGCAGAAUUAGUGUUUCUUGACAUUCAUAAUAUUCAUGUUAUGAGAGAAUCCCUCCGUAAACUCAAAGAGCUGUGUUUUCCAAAUAUUGAAGAGUCACGUUGGCUGUCAGGACUUGAAUCAACUUUCUGGCUGAAGCAUAUUAAGUGUAUUUUAGCUGGAGCUGUGCGCAUUGUGGACAAAGUGGAGAACCAUAAAACAUCUGUGUUGGUUCAUUGCUCAGAUGGCUGGGAUAGGACUGCCCAACUGACAGCUUUGGCCAUGUUAAUGUUAGAUCCUUAUUAUCGAACUAUUCGAGGUUUUGAGGUGCUCAUUGAAAAAGAAUGGUUGAGUUUUGGACACAAAUUUCAACAGCGCAUUGGCCAUGGAGACGACCACCAUUCAGAUGCAGACCGAUCUCCAGUGUUUCUUCAGUUCAUUGACUGUGUGUGGCAGAUUACUCAGCAGUACCCAAACGCUUUUGAAUUCAAUGAUUAUUUUUUGAUUACAAUUUUGGACCAUCUUUACUCAUGUCGGUUUGGCACAUUUUUAUUUAACAGUGAACGAGAAAGAGUUGCAGAAUCAGUGAAACAGAGAACAGUGUCCUUAUGGUCAUUCACAAACUCUACUAUCGAUGCAUAUCGUAAUCCUCUUUAUUGGGCUGGAGGUAUGCAGCAACAAGUCCUUGUACCUGUGGCCAGUAUGCGACACAUCAAGUUGUGGAAGGGUCACUAUUGCCGCUGGAAUCCAAGCAUGCGGCCUCAGGAUCCAAUUUGUCAGCGUACACGAGAACUGUUGGUACUGAAGGCUCAGUUGGAAAGACAAGUGGAAGAAUGUAGAAGAGAGUUGCAGGCCCGGGCAGCUCGCAAUGUUGCGACUCCACCCCGACUGGCUUCACCAACCCACAGCUGAGAGGAGAGUAUCUCCCCCAAGUAACUAAUCAUGUUCUGUUUGUUACUGGGUGAUAAUUGGCAGAUGUAACAAGCUAAAUUUUUUCCUUGCAGUGAAGAAUGUGGGUUGUGUAUAUUUUAUUUGUAUAGAUCAAUUAAUUGUUACUCCUAUAUGAAAUAUUGUUAUAUGAUCAGUUUUUUAACAAUGUGAAAGAAGUUUUUGCCUUUUUAAAUUUUCUUACAAUAAAAAGCACCCAUAUUUGUAUUCACGCUGUAUAAAAUGCCUUGAUUGUAUUUAUAGAUUUCAUUAUGUUUAGCCUAUGAGGCAAAGAUGUAAGAUAUUGUACAUAAAGUUAGCCAUCCUAAAUUCAUUAAUAACAUGCUAUUGCUCUUGUUUGCAUAAUGUUCAUUUUAGAUGUUAAAUGUUUAUUUAAAAAUAAUUUUUUAUUACUCUGAGAUGAUAUGGUGUUCAUAUAGAAAUACUCAGUACUAUGUUUAAGAUGAUAAUUUGUGUUGCAACCAGAUUCCUAAAAUAUCCUUAUUUAAACUAUUGUUGUCAACUUUGGUUAAAGUUAUAUGUAAAUCUAUAACAAUUGUUGAAAUAAAACAUUUUUGUAUUAAAAGGAAUGAAACAAGGUGUGGUUGAUUGCUAAAGUACGCUCACAGUAAACUUUGUUUCAUCAUAUUUUCAUACUUAAUAUGUCAGUGUGGCAGCUACUUCAGUAAAAGAAAGUAAAUUAUGUUUCCUUACUGUGUGUUUGCUUACUUGUGUUCUACAAAGAUGUGUACUGAUAUAUUUCCUUUAAACUACAAACUUCUAAAUGUCUUGAAAAUAUUGUAUAGCUUUUGUUCCUUUGAAGUGUAUUUUGCAUUCUUUCUAAUUUAACAGUGUUUUUGAAGGUAAAGUUGGCUUUGAGAUGUGAUGCUCACUGAAGCACAGGAGUUACCAAUCUUCUAUUGAAAAUGGAGGAUGUAUAUUGUUAAGAAAUUUCUAUUUAAUUCGUUUAUAACAUUAUUUGUUUAAUAAAAUUAUAUUUUGAAA